GGUAAAGUGCUAGCAUUUUUCAUUUUUAACAAAUAUAUUACGUUAUUGUGACCAUGUUUAUAAGCUUAAUUCUCAAAUCUAACAAGGAUUUCCCACUGAGAAGUGCAUGUGAGGCCUUUUCUGCCCUACAAAAAAAAAUCUUCCGCUUUCUUACUUCAUUUCAGUUUCUAGUGCAGGUUUUCGUGUUGGCUGGUUUCUCACACUCGCUGGUUUUUGCCAGUUGGACUAAAGGCGCAGAAUUUCUUUGAAACUUUCAGCAAAACAUAAAACAGCAUUCAAACUAUAUUUCUUAGAAAAGGAACAGAAUGCCAACUUGCAAGAUCCUCUUUUUUCUUCUUCUUGCACUGUGUACAUCGUGUGGGGAAUGUGAUGUCAAGUAUGGUCAAGUCGGGGGUGAGGUUUCCAUGGAUUGUGGAGUACCUCAGAACAGUGAUGUAGAAUGGAAAUUGAAUGACAUUCUCAUCAUUAAAAUUAAUGGCAGACGUGGAACUAGACAGAAGGGUCCUUCCCAUAUUAAGGAUAAAGUAAGUGUAAAUGGAGGAUCUUUGAAGGUUCCCAGACUGGAGACAAGAGACUCUGGAGUUUAUUCCUGUAAUUCAGGAAAACGAUACACUUUGCAUGUUGUGUCAGUCUUUGCUAAACCAGGCCCAGUGCUGGUGCAGUCUAGUAGUGCAGAGCUGCACUGUGACAUUGAUGGAAACCCAAACACUGAAGUACAGUGGCUGAGUCCCUCUAAUGAUAAAAAAGAUGAUAAAAAACAAGUAAUUCACCUGAAGUCUGUGACUUCAAAUGAUGAUGGCCAGUGGACAUGUCUGAUCAAGGAUGACUUGAAGCUCAGUUUAAAAUUGACUGUUGUUGGUCUCCAGACCACAGCUGUUAAAGUUCCUGAAGGGGGCAACAUAAAGCUGCCCUGUUCUCUUCCUCGGAGUGUAUCUCAACGUGUUGUGGGUGGGAAAUGGACGGCUGACCACCUCCCCACAGUCUCUUUCCCAACCUUGAAGAACACGGAAACCAAAGGCUUACACUGGAGUGGCGAUGAUUCAUCAAAAGUCAUAUUUACUAGUGACCAACUCAACAUAAACUACGAUGUCAUGUUGAUAAAUGCGCAGCCUAGUGAUGAAGGGAAAUAUGUGUGUACUGUGGAGUUUGAGGGAGGAGUGAAGCUAACCGCAGAGACGAAUUUGAUGGUUGUGGCCAAACCUUCAGGUGAAGGACCGCCGCCUGAAUUGUCAGUGGUCCAAGACAUCCUUGGGGUGGACUCCCCUGUCCUGGCUGGCAUCUCUGGUGGUUUAGAGAGUGAAGCUGAACCAGAGGAACAUAACACAGAAACUUCCCAGCAAUCAAAGCAGCUUCAACACCGACAGAGCGGCAGCAGUACGCCAAACCAGGCAGGAACCAAAAAGAAGCAAAUACCCUCUCCAGCUGCUAUAAGAGAAGAACUGCUGGAACUACAGAGAGACGUCCUACAGCUACAAAAGAUAAAACUGCAGUUGGAGAUCGAAAAACUCAAAAAGGAGAAGUAAAAUCAAGACCUUUAAACUUUCUUAACAACAAACUGCAGCUACAAAUUGAAGGGAAAAUAACAGUCACAUCAAUUGAACAAUCAAAACACCAAUAAUAAAUAUAUAGCUACUAUAUUAAUACUACUAAUAAAUAACAUUACUUUUAAUUGCAACUACUAGCCUACAUUUUAUCAUUAAACAUUACUAGGCUACUACUACCAAUACAUUUUAUCAUUAAUAUUGCUACUAACAUGUUUUAUUUUUAAUAUUACUACUGUUACAAUACUUGGAUAUGUUACUCAUUAAAGAAUGCAUCCACGAUGGCAUCUCUGACAGCAAAUCCAGCCUCGAAUCUUGUUGCAGAAGAUUUGCUUCAUGAGCCUCAUCUUCUUUAUGACCCUCUUCUUUAAGCACAUCCUCCUCUACGUAGGCAGAAAACGUCUUCAAAAUGUUAAAAAGAACAACACAUGGGACAAUAAUUUUGCAAGCCCUUGGAGGCUCAACUUGCAGUUCACUGUGGAGAUAGUGAAAUCUGUGUUUAAGCUGUCCAAUCGUCCUCUCAACUGUAGACCUUGUGUGUGUCAAUCCAUUGUUUUAUGUUUCCAACAGAACCAUAUAAGUUAUUGGCGACCGAUGUUAGAGAUCAGUCAAUAUUGAAAUAUAUUGGAAUUGGACAUUUAAUUGUGUAUUUCCCCUGUUUUUACAUUUAGACUGUUUGCUGUCAUCUAACUAUAAUUCAAUAAAAUAUAACUUUUCAUACUGUACAUAUGUGAUGCUUAAAUUU